UGUGUCUUGUGGUCUGUGCAGGCUGUGGGCUGUAGAUUGCAUGUGCAUACUUGCACGAGGUUGAUUGACGUGGCUUAAACAAUUUUGAUGUGUAUUUAAACACGAUAUUUUUGUCAGAAUGGUUCGUAAGAAGAUAGACAAUCGGCUACGCGUUUUGAUAGAAAAUGGUGUUUCUAUGGGACAUAGGACACUGUUUGUCAUUGUCGGCGAGAAAGCGAGGGACCAAGUAGUAUUGUUACACCAUAUGUUAUCCAAGACUGUCGUUAAAGCUAGACCUUCUGUGCUUUGGUGCUACAAAAAAGACUUAGGUUUUAGUAGCCAUAGAAAGAAACGAAUGAAAUCAUUGCAGAAGAAAAUCAAGUCGGGCAAAUUGGACAUUAACGAAGAUAAUCCAUUUGAAUUGUUUGUUAUUUCAACUAAUAUUCGUUACUGUUAUUAUAAUGAGACACACAGAAUAUUAGGUAAUACAUAUGGCAUGUGUAUAUUACAGGAUUUUGAGGCGAUUACUCCAAAUUUAUUGGCACGUACUAUUGAAACUGUAGAGGGUGGUGGAAUUAUUGUAUUUUUAUUGCAAUCUAUGAACUCUUUGAAGCAGUUAUAUACAAUGAACAUGGAUGUUCAUCAGAGAUUCCGUACUGAAGCUCAUAAAGAUAUAGUAUGUCGAUUUAAUGAGAGAUUUUUGCUGUCAUUGGCUUCAUGUACUCGAUGUUUAGUUGUUGAUGACCAACUGAAUGUAUUGCCUAUUUCUUCUCACAAUCUAAGGAUAGAACCUGUGCCUAAAUCAGACGUUUUAGAGGAACAAUCAAGCUUGGAUACUUUAAAGGAAAGUCUGCAGGACACUCAGCCUGUAUCUGCAUUAAUCAAUUGCUGUAAAACAGUCGACCAGGCAAAGGCAGUUCUUAAGUUUAUAGAAUGUAUUUCUGAAAAAACUUUGAGGUCUACUGUAUCGCUAACUGCAGCUAGAGGACGUGGAAAAUCUGCUGCGUUGGGACUUGCUAUCGCUGGAGCUGUUACUUUUGGAUAUUCUAAUAUACAUCUCGACUAUGGUUUAGUGCAAUCCACAAAUCCAGAAUUUAACAAGGCCACUGUCCGCGUAAAUGUAUUCCGAGAUCAUCGCCAAACAAUUCAAUAUAUACAUCCAACAGAUACUCACAGGUUAAAUCAAGCAGAGUUACUUGUGAUCGAUGAGGCAGCAGCAAUUCCGUUACCCUAUGUCAAAGCGAUGCUUGGACCUUAUCUGAUAUUUCUCGCGUCAACUAUAAAUGGAUAUGAAGGUACAGGUCGGUCUUUAUCACUCAAAUUGCUACAACAAUUGAGAACGCAAACUGCUGGGUCAAAUAGCCACAAUGGGAAAAAUGAAAAGGAGCAAAAUGAGAAAACUCUUAUCGGAAGACAAUUGCAUGAACUUACUCUCGACGAAUCAAUACGUUACAAGCCGGGUGAUGCUGUAGAGCAAUGGCUGUGCGAUUUACUUUGCCUGAAUGUUACAAUGCAUGCCCCCAUUCUUUCUGGAUGUCCUCCUCCCGAUAUAUGUCAAUUGUAUUAUAUAAACAGAGAUACAUUAUUCUCUUAUCACAAGGCUUCUGAACUGUUUCUGCAGAGAUUAGUCUCUUUGUAUGUUGCAUCACAUUAUAAAAAUACCCCUAAUGAUUUGCAAAUGAUGUCUGACGCACCUGCGCAUCAUCUAUUCUGUCUCUUGGGACCUGUAGAUUCCAACAAAAAGACUUUACCUGAAAUAUUAGUGGUUCUUCAAAUUUGCUUAGAAGGCCAAGUUAGCAAAACUAGCAUAAACGAUGGUCUCUCACGAGGUCGUAGAGCAGCGGGCGACUUAAUACCUUGGACGAUCGCUCAGCAAUAUCAAGAUGAAGAUUUUCCAAUAUUGUCUGGCGCGCGCAUUGUUAGGAUUGCUACACAUCCUGAUUAUCAAGGAAUGGGCUACGGUAAUCGUGCAUUGCAGCUGUUGAAGCAAUAUUACGAGAUGAAAAUGCCUAAUAUCAAUGAAAGUGUUAUAGAAGAGUCAAUGACAGAAAUAAAAAAUGUUCCCGAUGAAGCAGUUGAUUUAUUACAAGAAACUAUCGAACCGCGCAGUUCGUUGCCACCGCUUCUGUUGAAAUUGAGCGAAAGACAUCCAGAACAUCUGGAUUACAUUGGAGUGUCUUUCGGAAUUACCGAACAUUUAUUGAAAUUUUGGAAGCGAUCCAAUUUCAUACCUGUGUAUUUAAGACAAACGGCGAAUGAUAUAACGGGAGAACAUUCUUGCAUAAUGCUUUGUAAAAUCAAUGUGGAACAAAAUAAUGAUAAGUGGCUGCAAGCUUACUGGAGCGAUUUUCGUCGGCGAUUCCUAAGUCUGCUCUCCUAUUCAUUCAAUACUUAUACAGCGUCACUUGCAUUAAGCAUAUUAAUUAACAAAACAAUAUCACUGGAAUCUGUCACAUUGAGUAAGGAAACAAUGAACGUUUACUUUACAUCAUACGAUUUGAAACGCUUACAAAUGUACAGUAACAAUAUGGCAGAUUAUCAUUUGAUUAUGGAUUUGGUGCCAUCUUUAGCACGUCUAUAUUUCUUAAAUAUGAUGGGAGACACUCAUUUCUCAGCAGUGCAAUCGGCUAUUCUACUUGGCUUGGGCUUACAACAUAAAACUGUCGAUAAAUUGGCAGAGGAAUUGAAUCUCCCAUCUUCACAAUUGCUCGGUCUAUUCAAUCGUAUAAUACGUAAAUCGAUCCAAUAUUUCAACAGAGUCGCGGAAAAAUAUAUCGAGAGUACUAUGUUGCCCAAAGAAUCGACUAAUGAAGAAAUAAAAUUGGAUCCUUUAGGUGGUCAAAAUUUACGCAAGGAAUUAGAAAACGCAGCUAAGGAAUUAAAAAUUAAACAAAAAGCAGAAUUAGAAAAACUGAAGAAAGAAAAUUUGGAGCAGUAUGCUAUCAAAGGAUCGGAAGCGGAAUGGACUAGUGCGUUAUCGGGCAAGCAUAGUAAACAUCUUAUCUCUAUAAAGACUGGUGAAAAAAGAGCUUCAGUAGAUGAUAGCAUUCAAGAAUCUGACAAAAAACAUACAAAGAAGAAAAAAAAACAUACAUAAUUUUAUGUAUAACAUGUAUAACAAAUAAAUAAAUAAAU